AUGGCUGAAAUUAAUACGAAUUACGAAAAUUAUUUAAAUUUACUACAAGAACGUAAUAAACAACGUAAAUUAUUAAAUCAAAAAACGAAUGAUGAUUUAAUAAAAGAACGUUUAGAAAAAGGUUUUCAAUUAUAUUUUAAUGCAGCUACAAAAUAUUUAAAAAAUAAUUCUUAUCCGUAUCGUGAUACUACUUAUUAUAAAUUAAAGAAUAAACAUUAUAAAAGUAGUACAAAUAGAAUAAUUAAAAAAAUUCAACGUAAAACAUGGGGUGAUAUUUAUAUACCAUUUUAUCCAAAUAUAUCAAUAAUUAAUAAAAAAAAUCAAUCAUUAUUACAAUUAUAUCAUCCAAAAUCUAUAUUAUGUAAGAAUUUACUUCGAAUUACGUCAUCAUCCUCAUCAUCCGCAUCAUCAGCAGCAUCAACAAGAGCAGCAGCAGCAGCAUCAGCAGGAGUAGGAGUAGCAUCAACACCAACCUGUAAACAAAAUAAUGAAUCCAUUAAUGAAAUAAUAAUAAAUCAAUCAGAAAUAGAACAAUCAAAUCAAAUUACAUUUCAUUUAGAUGUAUAUAAUAAUUGGGGUAAUCAAUUAUGGAUUGGUUUAAAUGGUAUUGAAAUCUUAUUAAAUCAUUCUAAAUCAAUGAAAAUCUAUCCUAAACGAAUCAAUAUCUAUAAAAUUAAUCAAGAGGAUAAUACUACUACUACCACUACUAACAAUAAUAAUAGUAGUAGUAGUGGUCCUUCAUUAUCCAUGCAAAGUGAUCAUCUAUUUAAAUCAAUAUAUGAUGUCAAAACUGAUCAAGAGAUGUGGAUCACUCAUAUUGAUCAUUUACCAUUACGUAUUAAAUUUAUGUAUUUAUUAAACCAAUUUACAUUUCAUGAUCUAAUUACAUUAAAUCUAUGGAAUUAUAUAAAUUCAGAUUUAUGUAAUAUUGGUGUGAAACAAUGUCAUCUUUAUGUUAUUUAUGAUAAGAAGAGAUUUACAUUAUAUCAUGAUAUUCUACCAAAUAACAAUGAUCAUUCUAUGGAAAUGUCUGUCAUUAGUAUCAUGUUCAAGAUUAGUGACAUAAUAUCUUUUGAACAAUUUCAUGGGAUUACAAAAAUGUCUACAAAAACAAUUAGUAUCCCUGAAUUACCAUUUGGUUAUAAAUUAUUAUUUGAUAUUAUAUCUACAUGGGGUGAUCCAUAUUAUGUUGGUUUAAAUGGUAUUGAAAUAUUUUUAUCGAAUGGUAUGAAUAUAACAAAAUUAUGUCAUAUAACAACUAAUUCAUUAGAUAAUUCCAAAAUGAUCAUUAAUUUAAUUGAUGGUAUUAAUUGGACUAAAAAUGAUAAACAUAUGUGGUUAACAACAUUUCAUUAUAAUAAACGACAUUUAAUUGAAAUAACAUUACCUAAAUGGAUUCAAUCAUCUAUUGGUUUAAUACGUAUAUGGAAUUAUAAUAAAUCUUACAUAGAUUCAUAUUGUGGUGUAAAAGAUUUAAUCAUUUAUUUAGAUAAUCAACCAAUAUUUUAUAAUGAAAUACAUAAAGCUACUGGUUUAAAUGAUGGUCAUUUAGAAGAUUUUUGUGAAACCAUUUUAUUUUCUACAGAUAAUAAUAUAUUAAAUUUAAUUGGACAAAAUGAUACUUUAUUGAAAUGUAAACAAGAUUAUAACAAUGAUGUUACCAUGGUAACAAAUGAUGAACUAUUGAAUAAAGAACCUAUGAUAUAUAAUUCUAUGUAUGAUGUAAAUGAGAAUGAUUUAUUAUCUAAAGCCUUAUCACAAUUAACUAUAAUAGAUAAUGAUGAUUUACAAAUAAUGACAACAUAUUAUAUUGAAAUGACUUUACUUGAACCAUGGAUUAAAGGAUCUAAAUAUAUUGGAUUAACAGGGAUUGAAUUUUUAGAUAAACAUGGAAAUCCAAUCCAAAUCAAAUCUGUAUGCCUAAAUGAUGAUGAUGAUGAUGAUGAUGAUGAUGAUGAUGAUGAUGAUGAUGAUGAUGAUGAUAAUGAUGAUACAGCUUUGUCGACUGGUGGUAGGAAUAUAAAAAAUUUAUUAAAUACAAAAAAUCAUACUACUGAUCCUAAUGAUAUGUGGUAUACUGUAUAUAAUCCUAAUUUAUCACCUCCAAUAUUAAGAUUUUAUCCUAAUAUAAACAGCAAUUUAUUAUGUUUAUCACUAUUCAAUUCUAUACGUAUAUGGAAUUAUAAUCAUCGUCAAAUUGGUUAUGAUUAUAGUUGUAAAUUAAUAAAUAUUAAAUUAAAACAAUUCAAUUCAAAUGAUUCUAUUCUAAAUGAAUUGACAAUUUUAUUAAGAAAAGCACCAGGACAUUUAGAAUAUUCAUUUGAACAAAUUAUUAUGUUAACCGAUGUACAAAUAAAUUAUACUGAUUUACAUAGCUUAACAACCAGGUAUAAAUAUAAUCAUUUACCAAUAGGAUUUGUAUAUCAAUUCAAUAUAUACUCGAAUUGGUCUAAUCAAUUCUAUGUUGGUUUAAAUGGUAUACAAUUAUUAUCUGAUGAUGGUACUAUUAUACCAAUACAUAAAAAUCAAAUAUAUACCUAUCCAAAUUCAAUAAAUACUCUUUAUAGUAAUAAACCAUUCUAUUCUCAUAUAUGUACAGUGGAUAAAUUAGUUGAUAAUAUAAUUACUAAUAAUUAUAAUCUUAUGUCUAAACAUUGUUGGUUAACUUCAAUGAUAGCAAAUGAGGUUAAUAAAAUCUUUAUUGUAUUUCAUAAACCAAUUUGUAUUGUUGGUAUACGUUUAUGGAAUUAUAUGAGAAUACCAGAAUAUGGUGUCAAAGAAUUUACUAUAUUAAUUGAUGAUCAAUUAAUAUUUCAUGGUUAUUUACCAAAAUUUCAAAAAGAUUUCGAUUUCAAAUAUGAUCCUAAUUAUAAACAUGAUCCUGAUCGGAAAUUUGAUCGAAAAAAUAAUAGAAUUCAAAUAAAUGAAGAAAAAUUAUUUUGGACAAAUAAUGAACAUUCAAUAAGAUCCUCUUAUUCUGUUGUAUCAUUUGAUAAGGAUAUUUUAAUUAAAUUAGGUGAAAAUCCAAAUUGUAUAUUAAAUAUGCAUAGAUCAUCAAAGUAUAAUAAUAAUAAUAAUAAUAAUAAUAAUAAUAAUAUAAAAGAGAUUGACAUGAUUCAUGAACCAUCUAAUUAUUCAACAUAUACUUCAAGAUUAAAGACAAUUAAUCAAACACCUAGACCUUCAACAUGUGUUACCGAUAAAGAGCGAUUUAAGGAUCAAGUAUAA